CACGUGUGUAGUGUGUUUGUCAAUCAUUGGGUUUAUGUAAUGGGCAAGGGGGAAUAAAGGAAGAACUAAGGUAGUGCGGAUAGAGCAGGGGUGGAGAGGCUCGCCUGCCGGUGGAGAGGAGAGAGCAGUGAUAUGGGUGAGUCACAGUCGAGGCCAGUGAUGCUUCAACAUCAGGACCGACCCGAGAACUCAGUCUAUGGAGGGCAGGGUGGCACCGGAAGUGGUGACGCCUCUUCUUCCUCACUGAGAAACAGGAAGGGCGACAAAGACGGGAACUUCAACUUCCUGCCAGGCCAGGAUGAUGAUGCUGCCAUGAUUACCAGAAACAUAGGUGGAGGAGGAGGCGAUGAGAACCGAAACCAGGUGCGUCCCCGAAACCAGAGCCCCUUGGGUCGCGACCCCCCGAGCACUCUGUCCUCAUCAGGGUUUCACCACGGCUCGAGAACCCUGUCCCCUCUCUCCCGCCUGCCCUGCUGGAGUCCCCUGGAGCCCCUGCCUGAAAUCGAGAGCGGGGAUGACAGUUAUGGCCGAGUGCCCCCUGAUGGCGCCGAGGAACGGAAGAUGGUGGAAGACGAGACAAAGAGGCUGAUGAUGAUGACAGACAACAACGAAAGGGAGAGGAAGAUGAAGGAGGCCAUACUACGGGGGAGCAGAGGUGGAGGGGCGCUCAGGGGAGGAGAGGAUGAAGACGAGGACGAGGAGGAGCUGGAAGAUGAUGAUGAGUGGGGAGACAGCGACUCAGAUUUUGAGUUCAGCUACCGCUCCAGCGGCAGCAUGUCCUCCCUGAACAUGGAGAGCGGGGGUGAGGGGAUGCUGAUGGGGGGCUGGGACCGCAUCGGGGUUGGGGAACCCAAAUCCGACCACCGUGGUGGUGGCAUCGAUGCAAACGCCCUCAACGCAGCGGAGAUGAACCUUGAAAGGAAGUGCAAUGAGAUCACCAAGGACCCGUCUGGAAGUCGGAAAAGUGUCAGUCGUAGGUUCCUGCCCGGAGGUGGUCUUCAGGAGGAGCUAAAGGAGAGACAAGGCCACGAGGACCAGUCAUCGGACUCCGAUGGCGAGCUCCCGGAGCUGAUGGACACCGUUUGGACGCUGCGUGACCGCGAGCGGUUCAAGGCCCAGGAGAUGGAGAAGCAUCAGGUGCAGCUGACCAUGUACCGCCGACUGGCGCUGAUCCGCUGGGUGCGCACGCUGCAGGGGCGUGUCCAGGAGCAGCAGGACCGCCUGCAGUCCAGUUUCGACGUCAUCCUUACGCACAGGAAGGAACUGCUACGUAUGGGGGCGGCGGCCGCCGUAACUGCAGCCCCGCCCCCCACUGCCGCCGUUGGCCAAUCAUAGGGGAAGCAGAGGAAACAGGAAGUGGUUCACAAAUUGGAACUCAGACAACGUCCAAGCUUCAUCUCCGAGAUUUCGUCGUUUUCAAUUGAUGUUACUGAUAGUUGUGAUGUUAAUGACGCCAUCGAUUUGUUUUUUUUAUUAUUUUUUUCAUCGGUGUCCCAUGCCCAUGCCCAUGCAUUGCCAGUCCAAAUAUCGUUCAACGUCAUUUUCAGUCAAGCAGGACUUUAUCCAUCUGUCUAGACCAAAUAAUGUAUAGCCUAUAGUGAAAUGCAAGACACAGGAUGUAUGAGGGUUAGAGCCAAGAAAUAAAAGGUUUAUUUAGAUUUUAAUAGAAUAUUUAUAUCCACAAAUGCUCUUUACGUGUAAGCUGUUUAUGUUUGUCUCCCCCAACCCGUUGCUAGAAAAUACCAACCCAAAAAAGGUAAUGGGGGGUGUCAUGUGCACAUUAAACGGUUUGUACCUCACAGUAAUAUAUAUAUAUAUAUGUGUGUGCGUGUGUGUGCGUGUGUUUGGAUGAUGUGUUUUAUCAAACAAACGAUGAAUAAAAUCGUCUUAU